AUGAAACGUUUCCCGAAAGCGCUUGUGCGUCCUUGCCGGAACGAGCUCGCCAGCCCGGCCGUCCGCAACUCUCACGCCAUCGAGCCCAUAAAGCCUGCCCCAAUCCUCCCGCCCGAGCGACACCCGGCCAUCAUUCGCUCCAGCAGCGCCGAGCCGACGCACUCCUCCAGUCCGGAACACCCAUCCCUCCGCAAGUGCUCCUCAAGUACCCCUGCCGAACUGGAGGAUUCAAGUCGGGUCAUCUCCCUCGAGGAGUUGGCACAGCACAACACCCCCGAGUCCCUCUGGCUCGCAUAUCGGGGAACCGUUUACGACGCCACAGGUGGCAAGAAGAUGCUGCUGCUCGGAGCCGGCAAGGAUGCCACCGACCUGAUAAACAGCCGCCAUCCCUGGGUCAAUGUCGACAAGGUUCUAUCCCGCUACGGCCGCAAGGUCGGCGUUCUGAAGCGCCGGGGCUUUGGCGCCUUUCUGUCGAUUGUGUAG